AUGCAUACCGCCUUCGACAGCGCUCCUCUGCUCACGGGCAUCAAGGGUAAACCAGAAGCCAUCGUUGCUCACGGUGGCAAGCUCAUCGUUGGUUCGUCCACCGGCACUCUACACGUAUACAGAACAGACACGACCUCAGCAUCACAGCAACCAGAAACGUCACCACCCGUUUCUUCCUCCAGACGUCCACCUUCGCCCCAUGGCUCGUCGGCCAAACCUGCCUCCAUCCUCUCCCACACAUCAACACGAGAGAUCAAACCGUCCGUAUCCGCGUCAGCACCAAUACAGACAGCACCACAGUUCUCGAAACGCUCGAUAGACCAGCUCGGCGUAAUCAAGGAGGCCAACCUGCUAAUAUCCUUAUCCGAUGGAUUCGUGUCCUUACACGACUUGGCGACCCUAGAACUUCGCUCUCAGCUGCUACAGACAAAAGGCGCAACUACAUUCGGAGUGGAUACGUCCAUCCAGAAACGUGUGGCUCCUCAGAUACCUGACUACGGCCCCGGGCCGCUUGGCGCAAGAACAUCGAGCAAGUUUAAUCCCAAUGCGUCUAUCAGCUCGCGUGCAUUCAGACCCGGUACGAUAGGCGAUCAAAAUCAAGCGGGCGCUGCAGGCGGAACAGCCGGAACGGGAAGCAUGUCAAGAAAUCGAUCCAGCGUAUUUGACAUUCCGUCCAAGGACUGGCAGGCAGCCAGCAUGAGAGGAAUGGACGCCGUGGCGAGGUACCGCGAACAAGAGAGGAAAAAGGCGAUGGAAGACGCACGCUUCGGAGGUGCUUCGGCAGAUGCCGAUGGGCAGCAUGGUAUCAUGACGCUCGUAACAGUGCUGGCUGUUGGCGUAAAGCGAAAGCUGCUUGUGUUCCGUUGGGUCGACGGCGAGUUUUGGGACACACGAGAAGUGGCGCUGCUUCAUACACCACGCAGCUUGGCGUUUGUGACGCCAACGAGAUUGUUCAUGGGGUACAAUGCGCUAGAAUAUGGCACCAUCUCGAUCCCACUUGCUGCCGAAUCUACCGUCUCCUACACUCACCCCUCGUCAGGUUUUGCAGCGACGAGCCACAAUAGCAGUAGUCAACUUCGCCGCGAGACGCACGUCAAUCCGCCCGCCAAUUCGACCUCUGGCCCGCUCGUAGACCUCACCUCGUCUAGUCUCUCAUCUUGGCAUGUGGAGGACUUUGAUCUCUCCUCCAAUGCAGCGGGUGGCGAGGGCGCGCAUUCGUCUUCAGGAGGCGCCCACCCAAGCACAAGCAUCUCGAUUGCUGGCGGUGCAGGUGCUGGCUUUAGCGCAGCGCUCGGAGGAUUGGGUGGUCUCGGAGGAUACAUGGGUCUGAGUAGCAAGGGCAAGAUGUCGGUGCUCCACGUCGAGGGAGGCGAGGUGCUGUUCGUACGAGAUGGCACCGGCAUCUUUCUUGGCGCUGAUGGCCGACCAACGCGACGUGAGGGAGUUGAGUGGCAUGCGAGCCCGCUCGAGGUGGCUUUUGCAAAACCAUACGUCUUUGCGGUGCUGCCCAGCGGCUCUAUUCCCUCGCUCAGGAACAGCUCGUUGCCAAACGCAAACAAUCCCGUUCUGCAGAUCCGCUCUGUUGGCACACUGUUUGCCGUCCAGACUCUCUGCUUCCCACCCGCAUCUCCAACAACGUCUUCUAAGCCAGCGUCUUCUCCACCUCAGGUACGGCUCUUGACACCAUCAAGCGGGAACAAGCCGCCGAUCUUUGUCGUCGUCACCCCGGCAGACCGCACAACGCUCGAGAGGGAAGGUAGCACCAUUUGGAGACUCGAGAUGCAAAGCUGGGGCCAGCAGAUCGACGAGCUGGUCGAAAAGGGCGAAUUCGAAGAAGCUCUGGGCCUGCUCGACAGCGUCGACAACGUGAUUUUGGAAGACAAGGACGAACGCAGGGCUCACGUUCAAGGUCUUUUCGCGCUCUCAUUAUUUGCAGAUGAGCGAUUCGACGAAGCCAUCGAGAUGUUUAUGGAGCUCGACACCAAUCCAGCCAAGGUGAUUGCGCUCUACCCGUCUAACGUUGCUGGCGAGUUGAGUCGCAGCAAGCAGGAAUGGUUUCCCAUCUUUGGUGGAAAAACACCAGCCAAAUUGCGCGCUUCAUCACUCGAUGCGGGCGAUGCAAGUCCGACGCCCAGCCAUGCGACUCUAGCGACCUCAGCAACCAACACAGCGAGAAGUCGACUCGGUGGGUUGUUUCCAGGUCGAAGACCUGAUAGCAUCAUCGGGGAGCCAGUUGUGACGAGCAACUUGAGCUCGAGCCCGUCGCAUGCGAGCUCGACAAAACCCAAGUCAAGUCGAAUUGCAACGAGUGUGGCAAGCUCGAUGGCGCAAGAAGCCGACGCGCAAGCAGAGACAGCCUCGAUUCGAUCCGUCAGAACGACGCGUGAAGCACCAGAGAUAAAGGCUGCUGGAUCAGGCGCGAGCCGCGACAGCCGCACAGCAGCUGAACCAUCUUCACGCAAAGCGCUAGACGCGCUUGGUAAGUUCCUCGCAGAUCGUCGACGUAUAUUCAAGCCGAUCCUCGAAUCGAGUCCUCAGCACGAGUCCAAGGACCACAUGGCCAUGUCGCAGGUCAAGCGUGAUACACACUGGCUGCUCUCGCUUGCCAACAAGCCUUUUGGCGAGAUGGACAAGGAUGAGCUGAUUGCGGUGGCCCAGACGGUCGAUACUGCCUUGUUCAAGACAUUUCUGCUCACGAAACCGGCGCUGAUCGGCCCGCUAUGCCGUAUCGAGAACUGGUGUGAGGUGGAACAGGUGGAAGAGCUACUAAAGGAGCGCAAAAAAUUCUCAGAGCUGAUUGCGCUGUAUGGAGGGAAAGAGAUGCACAGCAAGGCGUUGGGUCUGCUCAAGCAGUUUGCAGAUGAGGAGGACGAUGCGGAGGAAAAAAUUCGACCAACGAUGCAAUAUCUGCAGAAUCUGGGCCCCGAGUUUAUCGAAAUCAUCCUUGAGACGUCACAUUGGCUGCUCAAAGUCGAUAGCAAACUGGGCAUGGAGGUGUUCACGGCAGACACGGGGAAAGUGGGGUCGUGGCCUCGGCUCGAGAUCGUCGAUGACCUAAAUCGUUUCGACAAGGCGUUGUGCGCUGUCUAUCUCGAAUUUAUCAUCGAGAAUGGCGGCGAAGCAGAUCCCGAGCUGCACGACAAGCUGAUCAGGCUGUAUCUGCGACGAGCGGAGCUGAACGAGCUGAUGCAGAAGCUGCUCAAAUUUUUGCGCACCUCGACGCAGUACCGGCCAGAGCAGAUCCUCGUUCGCCUACCUGCGGACGACAACGACCGCGACAUGCUAGAGGCAAGGGCAUUGUUGCUGGGUAGGAUGGGUCAACAUGAAGGCGCGCUCAGUAUCUACGUACGUAAGCUCCAAGAUCUGACAAGGGCGGAAGAGUACUGCCGCGACGUGUGGCGAUAUCGAGCAGCCUCGUGGGGCCACAUCACUUCAGGGCAGGUGCAGCCACAGCAGGCACGGCUUGGACGCUCAAACCAUCAGCAGAGUCUGUUGGUGGACCAGGAAGAGAAGCAGCUGGCGGAUCAAGAGGUGUUUUUGACACUGCUGCGCAUCUACCUGGAUACGUCGUCUGAGAAAGCUUCGGUUCAGCUGGACGCUGCUGUGGGCCUGAUCGAGCGGCACGCAGCGCGCAUCGACCUGCGCUCGGCACUGGAACUGCUACCAUCGUCUGUGCCAUUGUCGCAAAUCGCAGGCUUCAUCAACGUCAACCUGCGAGACCUGACGCGCAAAGAGCACGAAGCCAACGUGAUCCGCGAGAUGCGCCGCAACCGCAACUGGCAGGUGGAAGAAACGCUGUGCAAGCUACAGAGUCGACGCGUCAAGGUGGGUGAGUCGAGAACGUGUCCAAAGUGCCACAAGCGACUGGGCAACAGUGUGGUGGCGGUGAAUCCGGUAAGCGGAGCGGUGAUGCAUUACUUUUGCUCGAUCCAUGCUGAGCAAAAGGGACAGCAGCGACCAUCUUGA